UGGGAUCGCAAGAAGCGAAAAUUCCGCACAAUUCUGCCUGCUUUCCUGGAGAUUUUGCACCAGAAGUAAAGGAAAGUUAGAAAUUUCGGUGCACCGUGUCGUUCGCUGCACACAGCCAUAACCCGUUCACUCGGUGCAUCGUGCAAUAUUCGGUUCCUGCACGGGUUUGGAUGUAACGCGUUCCGGGAUAAGUUUCCCUUGCAUGAUAAUUGGAAGUGGUGCCGUUCAGAGAAUCCCGGUAUCGACCAACUAAAAGACCGCGUAGGAGUUUACCAUUGGCCAAACGGGAGUCCUGAAACGGUGUUUUUUUUUCCUUUCCGGAUCAUUCCUGUCCUGUGGCUGUGGUGCAGGAACACGCAAGAAGGCGAUUUUUAUCGUAUCUCUCACCGCGUGUGUAUGUGUCAGUGCAUGUGUGCACAUGUGAAGUGUAUGUAUGUGUGUGUUUGUUCGGUUGUGCGUAAGUAAAAAAGUGAAUCGAGAAGGCAGUGUCGAAAGCGGGUCGCACAGUGUCGUUGUCCAACUCGCUUCCUCCCACGGGGGCUACAGUAGCAGCUUUUGCAACAGUGGCCAACAUCAUUUACGGAGACCGAGUGAUUUUAUAAUUAAUUUGUUGAUGUAUCGAAAGCAGACGGUGUAAACGACACCCGUUGACACCCAAAAAAAAAAGCCGCCGACGAUCGUGAGAUCACGCAAAAGGAGUGGCAAAACAACUAGCAGCAAAACCGCCGAAUUAAGAAGCUCUACUGGACCGCGAAGUGAAGAAAAGGAAGUGAACCAAUCGUCAAACGUUGGACCCUUCCGUGUGUACAACAGUUCUGCUAGCAAAAAGAAAAUAAGUAAAUUUGACGUAACCCGGGCAAAGGCACUUUGCCAGUUGGAUGAGCAAAAAUGAUUCUGCUGGAGAUCAACAACAGGAUUGUGGAGGAAACGCUUACAGUGAAGUUCAAAAAUGCAAUCGCAGGAAACAAGGCGGAAUCCAUCGAUGUGACGGUAGCCGACUUCGACGGGGUACUAUUUCACAUUUCCAACAUUAAUGGCGACAAAACGAAAGUGCGAACGAGCAUAUCGCUGAAGUUCUACAAGCAACUGCAAGAACAUGGUGCUGACGAGCUGCUAAAGCGCGAAUAUGGCGAUCUACUGGUUACGCCCGAGGACGGCUACAACGUGUCGGUGCUGGUUGAUCUGGAAAACAUUCCGGAACAGUGGGAAGAAACGGUACGGAAGAUAGGCCUGCUGAAGCGCAACUGUUUCGCGUCCGUGUUCGAGAAAUAUUUCGACUUCCAGUCGCAGGGCGAAGGUGAAGGCGAAGGACAAAAACGAGCGGUGAUCAACUAUCGAAAUGAUGAAACGAUGUAUGUUGAAGCAAAACCGGAUCGCGUAACGGUCGUGUUUAGUACGAUAUUCCGUGACGAAGACGACGUAGUGUUAGGUAAAGUGUUCAUGCAGGAGCUGCGCGAAGGCCGAAGAGCUUCACACACGGCGCCACAAGUAUUAUUCUCCCAUCGGGAGCCACCACUGGAACUGGCCAAUACGGGUGCAAGAGUCGGUGAAAAUAUAGGCUACGUUACGUUCGUACUAUUCCCAAGGCACACCGCGAAAGAAACGCGCGAUAAUACGAUCAAUUUAAUUCACAUGUUCCGUGAUUAUUUGCAUUAUCAUAUUAAGUGUUCGAAAGCUUACAUCCACUCCCGAAUGCGAGCAAAGACGACGGAAUUUUUAAAGGUGCUCAAUCGCGCUCGACCGGAGCCAAAAAUUACGGAAAAGAAAACAAUAACCGGCCGAACAUUCAUCAGAAAAGAAUGAUUGCGGAACCUGCCGGACGUCUAGUUGUUAAAUGUGUAAGUAUUCAAACGAACCUAAUAAAAUGGAAAAGUGUAAGAAGCAAAAAAAACUGAAGGCAUUGAAAAAAAAGUAAGGAAAAAAUGGUCUCUUCAUGGUAAGGAAACGGUUUAGCUGCAGCAGUUUAAUACAAGGAAAAUUGACGUUCCUUGAUUUACUAGGUUUUAGAGCUUCAAUGAGCAGGUUGGGAUCAUUUAUACUAAAAACAACAGAAAUGGUCCCAACUUUCUCACUUAGACUCGAAAGUCCUGUAGUAGGUACAUCUCCUUGAGUGAAAAUCGUAAAACAACCCCUGUUGGUAGUGGUUUGUUUCGAUUGUGAGUCAUGAUAGAAGAGCGUGUGUGUGUCCUCGUACAUGGUAUAAAUGGCCAAUGAAUAGUAAUUGCAAAACCUGGCAAGAAGGUGCAACAUUGUAGCAUCAAUCACACUGUAGCUGUUGCAGCGGGGAUUCCUCUUAAAUUCCUCUACGAAAAUCGAGGUAAAAUAGGUGUCCCCACCACUACGCCGAUACACAUUUGACACAUUUGGAUAGUAAAAACAAAAUUAGUCGAAAAUAUACUCUUUGAAUCGUCACCGAGACACACAUAUACACAGUCAGUAGCAUUCAUUCUUAAUCGUCGCUGCCAAUGUAAACAAAUAAAAGUGUAAAAUAUUAGGAAUCACUGUCGUUUCCGUGGACGUACGGGCAUGAAGCAAAAUUUAUGACACUAACAAAAAAUGGAAAGGAAACUCUAUAAGGCUUUCAAACACAAAUGCGGUUCAAUUUGAGGAAAGGGAGGAAAACGAAGGAGCUACUAAUAGGGUGGUAAGAAAAUUUACAGUAAGCAAAAUAUAAAUAAUUUUAUAAAAGAAAAGUACAGUAGACAAAUGCAGAGUGUGGUGAGUCCCAGCAUCGCGAUAUGUGAAGGAAAAAAACAGGUUCUAAAUGGCAUUUUGUAUUAGCGUAUUAUUCCCGGCUGACGAAUCACCUUUGGAUUGUGUCUUGGGUGUACGGGUGCGCCUGUAGGUAUGCAAAACGAUAUACUUUCAGGCUCUGUAAACCCGUUUCAUUUUCCACCGGAAUUACGUCGAUUGGUUUAAAAUACGGCUAUGCCAACGCAUUUACUAACAGCAAUGCACGCUCCUAAUGCACCUCUACAUAAGUCACAUUUAGGGCUUAAAAUGCAUGUGUAUGAUUGCUCGUUCGGUGAAGGGGAAAACAUUCCCUCAAAAAAAAAACGACGCUGCCAACGAACGCAAACAAAAAAUCGCACAAACGACGAUCAACAAGGUUAACACCAUACCGUACCGGUGGUACCAUUGUGUGAAUGAAUGCAGCAAACACACAACACUAAUCAAUUUACUAAUCAAUUGCGUAACGAGAUCAAAAUAAGAUAGCUGUUACAUGCCGUCACGACGGGGAAGGAUCGUUUGUUACAAAACCGUUCCAACUUUGACGCUAAGAAAGAGAAAGAAGAACAAAACGUUUAAAAUGAAAAUAAAAUCUAGCAUAUUAUAAGUAUUUCAUCCCCUCUCUGGGCAAAAUGAGGAAACUAAUCCGAGGUAACUAACUUCGUGCGAGAAAUUAAAGCGGAAUGAAUGCAAUACUGUGUGGACAUAGAUUGUUUUCCUCAGCAAAUUUUACCAAACUACACAAGAAACGUUGUUUACUAUUAAAACUACUACUGCUAAUAUUAUUAUUAUUAGUAGCCUUUAGUGCGAAGCCAGCAAACCGCCAGGAAAACACAAACAUGACUAAAGAGAUGGGAGAAUGAAAAUAAAUACUAGGUGAAGAUAAAGAAGAGAGCGAGUUAUUAAACGGAAGUUAGUUAAGCAAUGCAAUGGAUCCUCAUUUAAAGUGUAGUGUUCGUUCUGGUGAGAGAUUCGGGGUUUUGGAAAUUGGAAUGCCCAAUAAUACCGAUUUCUUAUUCUACCCUUUAUUACCCUUCUCCUUCACGGGAUCGAGAGCUUCUGACGACGUGAUCGGGUCGAUCGUAUUCUUCCAGUUGUUUGUAGUGUAGAGUGAGACGAAAGCGAUCGUGUAAUUGAGAUGUAAUUCGGUGGGUGUAAUUUCGGUUUGGACAACCGACUGGCGCAACACGGGCGAACAUAACUAAGAGUGAAAGUUGAUGUGCAUUUAUUAAUUCUGGCAAGCAACAAACACCCGCAGAGCAACAAAUAAACCCUAUCUUUCCUUUUCAUCAUUCCGGUUUCGAUAUUUAAAAAAUAUGCAAAAAAAGAAAACAAUUGCAGAAAUAGAGACACCUUUUUGAAGGGUGAAAUUUGGCCGAACGUCGUGUGUGUGAACUCAAAUGGCGCGAAUCCUACGAAACCCGCGCGCAGUAAUGUAAAGAUCGGUAAAAAAUCCUUCAUUGUAAAAUAGCUUCCCCUAGCUAGCUAGCGAGAAAGAACGCAAUUAUAAAUUGAUUUAUUUAGUGUUCGAACACGUGUUUCUCCCGUUUCUGUUGCGGGCCAGUACGCGACGAUGGAGACGGAAAAAAGGAUAUUUAUGUAUCCACAUGCUGCUGCUGCUGUGAGAAGGAAUCGCAACGUGUAUGGUGAUGAUGGUGGUCGGUUAGCAAACGCACCCUUAAUGUCAUGUGACAAACAAACUCGUUAAUACGCGACGCAUCGUAUCUGCGUCCCAAUCUAUUGGUUUUUACCCAAAAAAAACCAAUGCUUAGGAAAAAAAAGUGGAAAAUUAAAACCGCGAACUGUUUUACUACCCAUACGAUGUAGGAUGGGUGAAUCAACACGCGGAUUAUGUAGCAUGUGUUCCCCGAACCACCAGAUUGGAAUCGAGUCACGACAGUGAAUUAUUAGGGAAAAGAAAGAAUUAAAAUUUAAAACGGCAAAACAAAGCUCCAAAAAUGCAAUGCAAAAGAAGGCAAACAAUCUUUAAUAAAACCGAAAGCCCCAAUCAGCUAACGAGCACCUGUUUGGGAGGUGGCUAGAUAAUGGAAA